AUGGGUGUGAAAGGCAAGUUGAUUGCUUCAGUAGAAGUGAAGUGUGGAGGACACUUGGUUCAUGAUAUUUUUCACACCAAAACUCAUCACAUAUCCAACAUAUGCCCUAGCAAGAUUCAAAGUUUUGAAAUUCAUGAAGGUGAAACUGUAAAAGUUGGUUCAGUCGUUAACUGGAAAUAUAAUGACGAUGGAAAAGAUAAGAUUUCAAAGCAAGUGAUUGAAGUUGUCGAUCCUCAAACUAAAACAAUCACUUGGAAAGUGAUUGGUGGAGAUCUGUUAGAGUUGUACAAUUCCUUUACUAUUAUCACAUCAUGUGACCACCAAUGGACUACAUGGACAUUUCUGUAUGAGAAGAAAACUGAAGACAUACCAGAGCCUCUCGUUCUCUUGGGUUUUGUCCUUCACGUGACAAAAGAUAUUGAGGGUCACCUUCUCAAGUAAUAAAGCAUCAAUGCUACUAAAUGGCUCAUAGCCCUAUUUAUACAUA